AUGCCCUCGCCGUAUGACAUCCUCGGCACCGUCUUCGGUGUUCUCUCUCUCCUCGGCUGCGUCAGAUGUGCGUAUGGAUUCCUCAAAGCCCGCCAACCAUUUGCCCAAGUCUUGCGUUUGGAGGAACUACUAUGGGCAACAUAUCAACGUAUAGACGAAUUGGAACGCUACGGGUACCUCGAAGGCAAUCCCGCGCUUGCAGCAGUCUACAGGUCCGCGCUCAAGAGGAUUGACAAAGAGAGCACAACUGUGCGACGGAAUGCGGUGACGAAUAAACCGAAGACGAUCGCCGCAGUCCUCCUGUACACCGUACAACACGGCAUCAAUUCCAAGCGUUCGCGGAAGAUCCGUUCUUGGACGAGGAAGGUCUCGCUCAUUAGACAUCAAAUAGACUACCCGUAUGAGUGGCCUUCUAGUCCCUCACGCAUCAGCGAGCUAGGGACCGGCGUCGGACCCUCGCAACAGUCUCGCAUAGAAGGCGCUUCCGAAACAAUUGUGGCAACUUCGAGUGGCAUGGAACUGCUUGCGGUGCCCGAAGCCACCCUCGCGCAACGGAGGUACGGGCUCUACUGA